CUGCGGAUGCGCGUCGGCUCUCGCGGGCAGCGCGGAGGUUCCACCUGCCGACAAUCAUGCGCUUCAGCUCGUCACCAUUCGGAGUUCUGAGUCUCUCGUCCCGUUCUGCGUACACAUCCUCAACCGAAGGCGUCACUGUCUGGUCGCUCUCCGCGAGCUCAGGAUCCAUUACUUCAUUCCAUCCAAACAUAUGUUGGGCGUCAGAAACCCGCAGGCAGCAUGAAGGAACGAACUGCUUUGCUUCUCGACCUGCUGCAGCAAGCCAUCCACCUGCGCGUGCUCAGUUUGUACUGUACUGAGUACUGGCUGCAGCAUCAGCCCCAAUUGCUUCCUGUCAUGUGUUCUCUGAAACAUCUGACGGAGGUAGGAGUGGACAUUCUUGGGCCGGAGACGUCGAUGUUCAUCCACAAGAUGCAGUGCACGCCUCGCAAACUCAUACUCUUCCACAUUGAUUAUUACCUAUACGAUUUGCUCACCAACGACACGAUGCUUCGUUUAGACCCCAAUUUCCGCUUGGCGAGCGUGCAGUCGCUCAUGGCUCUGGCUGAACCGAUCCUACCUGGGAUAGAACAACUCGCGCGCGCAUUCCCUGGUACUCGCGGCCUCCAGAUCAGACACAAAGAGCCAGAUCCCCAUGGUCAACCCAUUCCCUCGAUCAACUGGCCAUCAUUGGAGCGUAUUCGCGGCACCUGCUCAUCCUUUGUCUACUGGCGGCAUGCGACUGGCAUUCAUCUCCUAGAGUUAAUCUUUGAUGAUGUGUUCGACACCCCGAUAGAAGAGGAGUCACCGCGGUCCUCCACCACGAUAACAGAGGAGCUACGGCAGAGGCUCCGCGUCCUGACGCCAUCUCGCGAGCUUAGCCAUGCCCUCACAGCGGUGACCAACAUCCAGCCCGUAGCCCUUGCGGUGUCGGUGGACUCGAGGGUCGAAGUCGGUUUUUGGGCGCAGCUCAUCAGGGCUUCGGCUCGCCUGCGGUAUUUGGCGCUUGAGCUCCCCGACAUACGUUUCUAUGAGACGGUCAGCGCCGAUCUCAUCAGGUGGUGGGAUAGAGUGGCUCCAGAAUUCGCUGCGAGCGACGUCAUAUGCUGAGAAAUCCGUUGUCUCCUCCUACCCGGAGAGUAUUUAGAAAGCAACGCAAGUGAUACAAACGAUGCAUCAAGCAGAAAAGCGUCACUCGAUCAAACGAUCUACAGUACCUUUGCUGCCUCAGUAAAGGAGAAGGCCCCUACGCUUCGUUAUUUCUCUCUAGACAUCAGUCCUUCGUGUCCGAGGUUCUG